ACGGUCACUGGAAAAACGUUAUCCGUAUUACCCAUGUUCUUCGCAAGCCACUGCCACUGCACCGGAAACACGGGCUUCGACGUCACGUUCUACAAUCGAUAACGUAAAGCUCGAACCCGUUACCGAUCCAGGGCGGGAGGCUGGAAACGGCACUCUCGCAAAUGAAACCGAGGUCACGGAAGACACAAAGGUAUCGAAUAACUUGUCUAUGGUCAAGCAGGAACCGGUGCCAUCCGGUAGUUUCUUCGAACCCACUUUACCGACCGAGAAUGGUAACGGUAUCGAGAGGAUGGCCAACGAAGACACCCUGGCUAGCUCACCACCAAGCAACGAUGCCAGUCGGACGUCAGUUAAGGAACUACAAGAAACACAGCCGGUAGCCGGAAGCUCAAAAACAGAACAGAUUUCAAAUGAGCCUUCGUCUACGACGGAAGAACCACCACCCGAUCCGGUGGCAGGUCCAAGCGGGCUCAACCGUCGCAGUUUUAUGUCGUGGAUGCGAAAUGGAGGUGACGGAGGAUCGACGAGUGGUCGUAGUCGGUUUAGAACAAGUGCUCCGUUGCACCGGUCACGGCGCUACCGGAAUCCCAUUUUGGAUAGUAGCGAUAGCGACGAUGAGUACGAAACGGAACCGGAUGACGUUGUUUACAUGGGAAGCAGCCCUGUCUACCCGAUGGUAAUGGAAGAGCGGACCAUGGACAGCAUGGAAACCGGUGUGGCUGAAGUGGGUGACCGCUCCGGGACGAACGAUGACAUUGUGGCGACGGAGUCAAACGAUAACAAAGAGUCGGCAGUAGGGCACCAGGUGGAGGACAAGGAAGCAGCGCCUCCGGCCGUACCAGAUCCGAAACCCACAACCGAUGCCCUUGCUGCCCCCGACCUACAGUUGGACUGGAUCACAGAUACGAGCAGCAUUAGUGGGGACAGUGACGAUGUCAUCAUGGUCGAGAACGCAUCAUCAGACGUCACCCGUGAACCUAUCGAUCUGACGAACGAUUCCGAGGAUGACGACUCUACACUGGUACGACCCGAGGAAGGAAACGUCGGCAGUAGUGUCGAAACUAGGGCCGGAUCUACGGUACCGUCACGUGAAGCCACCAGUACGGAGAAGAUUGUCCCCCCUCCGGGAACGCACAACAUGUACCGUGUGCGUUCAAUCCAACCAACAAUACGGAUUAGAGGUUACUCGUCAACCGGGCAGCCAAUCUACGGGGUGUACGGUAAUGAGCGUCACACCAGCUGGAGGAGUGCUGUCGCAUCUGCUGGUCUGUCGGUGAGUCGUACCGAACGGCAUCGCAUCCCGAAUCAUCGAGGUUGGGACUCCUACCACUCGGCAACGAGAUCACCGUCGUCAUCGUCUCCCACUUCUUCGUCGGCCUCACUGUCGGGUGUGCCCGUACGGCAUCUCCACUCGUCGGCCAGUUGCAGUCGCCGUUGUCAGUCGCUCCACCGUCAACCAUCGUCCUCGGGGACAGUGGACGAAACGUCUUCUGUUCGUAGGUGUGGCGGAUGCAACACUGGUUCCAGCGGUUGUGUCUUCGCAACAACUCCCGACCUGCGACCCUCGCGCGUCCAUUCGACGUCCUAUCCGACGGCGGAGCGAUCCGCAUCCGCUUCACCCGUGCUCAUCGAUGGUGGUGAUGGUGGCGCCGCCGGAUCUGUGAUCGACCACACGACCAACGGCAGUUUCGCUGGUUCCAACCAUAUUCACCACCAUCCGCAUGCUCAACGUCACCAUCGGCGCCAGCAACUUCGUUACCCGUGGCAACGGGGCGCUAGUGAUGAAGAUGACGAUGGUAAUUGGACAGUUCGUCGUCGCGGUAUCUACAACGUUCCACCCGAGCUGCAAAUGGCCAGAACAGAGGCACCCGCUGACGGUGGUACUGCUGCUAAUAACCACCCCGGACACCAAUGGUUACCGAAAUCCGAACCGCGCCCACAACACCGCUCAUCCGAUCACCCUAUUGACUACUCUUCGGCAACGCCAAUCAAUAUGGGCAAUUCCUCCCGUGGCGAAACACCACCGAUCCGCUUCCGAAUGUCGUCGAGGGGAUCGGUCUUGCCCCCACCGCCACCGCCUCCACCACCACUGUCGGUAUCCGCUGGGGAUCCGAUGCUGUGCAGCACCCCAUCGUCGGCGAGCGGGCGCCGUCCGUCGUCUUCGUCUUCAUCGUUGGCGGUUACGAACGAUCACAAUAACAACCACAGCCACAACAACAAUUGCCCGCGCCAGCUGCAUACCGUUCCGGACUGGGCGAGUGCCGCCGUCCCGCCCGGCGAACACGAACACGAACGGCCGUGCGUGCAGCGGCACUUUCUGGCGUCCCUGUGUAUGGCGGCAGCGCAACCGUAUGGGUACUCCGACUCCGGCAUCCCCGAUCUCCCCGUUCACCGUCAUCCGCGUGUUCCGCGUCCUCCGGCAUUGUCGUCGUCGUCGUCGGCGGCCACCACCACGGCGGGUCGACUACUCUCCUCGUCCUACUCUUCUCCGACAUUAUCGCCACAUCCGCGCAAUAGCUCAACGAUGCAGUUGGCGCCAAACGGCGGGGGGUCCGCCGCUGCCGUCGGACCCACCAGUGCUGCCUCGGGCCACGAUUACUACCUUCGUUCGCGCCGCUCCGGCACCGACCGCCAUGGCGUUGGUGAGCGAGGCACCGUCCCAUCGGCCGCCGUUGGAAUGGGUCGGAUGCCUUAUGCGCCUCACGAAAGCCUCUGGCAGCGACAGCACCAUACUCAGGAAGCGCUACGGCGCAUGAUGUCCGUCGACCUGGUGACACCGGCACCGUACAGCGAGCUGCAGCGGCGUCAGACACUUGCCAACUACAGGCCGUCACGAUCUCCUCCACCGUAUCUACCGCCGAGCCGUUACAUGCUGCAGACGUCUCGCAAUCCGUCACUCGGCGGCACCGCCAGCACCUCGUCGGGCAAUGGCUCCGUGGCGAUGGCUUCAGGUUCCUCGACCAUCUUUCACCCACUACUGGGCCCCGGCGUGGCGCCACACGAUCAACCACGCACGAGUAGUUCCCGUCUACUGCCGGAGGGGCAGACGGGUGACAUAGAUUGGCAGCAACGAGACGCCGGAGGCCAUCUACAUCACCACCACCAUCAUCAUCCGGGCACCGCCGGUGGCAGUGGAGCAAGUGGUGCUCCCCUCGACUACUGCUACUGGCAGGGAUCCCGGGCAUCGCAUCGUCGUGCCCGAAUGCACACGUAUUCGCCGAACGCUCUACGUCGCGAGCACCAGUACGUGCAUCAUCACAUGUACCACCACAUAACGGCGCAGCAUUUCCGCGUGGACCCUCCGCCGGGACUUCAGUUUAGCAUUGGGCUGCGUCCCAGUUUGCUGUCGAGCUUGAAUCGGUUCGUGCGCGUCAUCGAGGACUCGUGCACAAACCGGGGCGCCACCCAGGAGAUGAUUGAAACCAACACGUUCCCGCACAAGUACAAACAGCUUCGGCUCGUGUCCGAGACGGACGAGGACAGUGAGAAGUGCACGAUCUGUCUGUCACAGUUUGAAGUUGAUAACGAUGUCAGGCGUCUGCCGUGCAUGCACCUGUUCCACAAAGACUGCGUGGACCAGUGGCUGGUGACCAACAAACAUUGCCCGAUCUGCCGGGUCGAUAUCGAGGUGCACCUCAGCAAGGACUACAGCACAUGACAUGCAGCGGACGGUG